AAGCGCUAGCGGCUCAGUGAGGUCUAGCCUUCUACAUGAUGUCUAUGGUUGGAGUCACCAGCCAGUUAAUCUGGAAACCAGGUGAACCAUAAUCGCCAGUCAUUGACGGCAGUAAAAUAUUUGCCGAUUGCGGCAAUGACAGACACCGACUCUCUGGCUGAUGCUCUCCAGGCUAUCAGUGUGAGUACAGAACUCAUUGAAGAAGAGCUGAAGCCUCAUUUGGACACCAUUCUAGCUGCACAGUUGGAAAAGAAAAAAGAAAUUGCUGUUCAUAUAGCAAAAAGUGGGAUUCUACCUAUACUUGCUCAGACUUUACAAAAUAAAAGCAGUCUGAGUUGUCAAGUUGCUUUGUUGGUAGCUGAAAUGGCCCGGGAAGGUGCUGUCAGGGGUUUGUGUAUUGAGGCAGGCUUAGUGAAGGUCCUAGUUCCUCAUCUGGACAGUAAUGAUCCAGAGAUGCUGCUCAACACUGGUAGGGCAAUUGGCCGCAUUUGCUUUGACAACGAAUACGAGCAAGAUCAGUUGGUUCACUCUGGUGUCAUCUUCAAACUUGUCUCCAUCAUAAGAAAGUAUCCAGAAAAUGAUCCCUUGAUUAAUGUCUGUGUGCUGGCGCUCUGUAACUUGGCAGACUUGGAUUCUGCGAAGGAGGCUCUUAUUGAAGUUGAUGUGGGAGAUGUGCUGUUGUUUCAGUUGAAACGAGCCCCUGAUGCUGAACGUCAACAUGUCAUCCUGGAAAUACUGGCCUCACUGGCCGAGAAUGAGAUGCUCAAGUCUCAGUUUGUUGAAUCAGGGGUACCAGAGGAAUUAUCAGAGUUGAUUAGGGGUCUACAGGGAUGUUCAGACCCUCAGACGCUUUGCAGCAUCAAGAUUGCAUCUAACCUCAUAGUAUCCCUGCUUUUAGGAGAUGAGUCCAUGCAAAAGUGUUUUGUUGAAGGCUCAGGCAUGGUGUACCAGGAUGUUAUGUCCUGGCUGCAGAGCUCCAACACUCAGUUGCAGUUGUCCGGAGCCUUGGCUAUUACCAAUUUUGCCAGAAAUGACAGUAACUCCAUUAAGAUGAUGGACCUUGGUGUGGUUCCGCACAUCCUGUCUAUGUUGGAACAGCAUGUUCCUGAAGGAGAUGUGUCUGUGCUCCAUGCAGGACUGAGCGCACUUCGAAACUUAGCCAUUCCAGCUAGCAAUAAGGUGCGCUUGAUGGAUGAUGGACUGGUAGAGAGGAUAAAAAGCCUGCUGCAGUCUGAUAUGCCCCCAGUUCAAUUCAAACUGCUGGGCACACUACGCAUGAUGGUCGACGGACAAGAGGAAGCAGCCCAGUUGCUGGGAACCGAUGAAACUCUUCUAUUCCAGGUUACAGAGUUGUGUAAAGUCAAAGACAAUGUAGGACUAAGAGGGGAAGCCAGUCGUUUAUUGUCUGCCCUUAUAAGGCACAGCCACAGGCCUGAUGUCAUCCAUGCUGUAAUAAAGGCAGAUGGGAUUCGACACCUUAUUUCAAUGUCUCAAAGUGAGCAUGUAAUCAUGCAGAAUGAGGCCCUGGUUGCCUUGGCAAUUGCAUCCGCUGUCGACAUUGAGUCGAUGAAGGAUCUCUUUACGGAGACAGAGCUAUUAACAGUGCUGAAGAAGAUGUUGGAAGAUCCUGCUGGAACAGCUGAAGUCAAAUACAGUGCUUUAAGUCUCAUUUGCAGUCUGGCCAAGAGCGGUGCGAUGAAUGCAGAGUUGGAGAAUAUGAAUAUGAAAGACUGCCUCUCUAAACUGACUGACCAUAACAACAGUCAGCUUGCUUCACAGGCCAGCUCCACGCUCUCCCUUCUAGGUGACACCAGCUAAACCCGACAAGUUCUGUGACUGUCCACUUACUCACGUAGAGGGAGAGGAGGGCUGUCUGACACGCUGCAUCUUCGAAGACUCACAGGCCAGAAAUGUCAACAGAGGGCGUUCAUUUGAUUAUUUUAAUAUUAAUGUGAUCGUGUGUAUACUAGUAUUCCAGGUUGUUUGACCACAUGACUAGUUUAAUUUUGACACCAGCACAUCCGCGCGAGCUAAACGGGUAACACACGUUUGUCUAACGUAUAAAACAAGUACAGUGACCGUCUAUAAAACGAGCGUGUGCACUGUGAUCGUGUAGAACAUAAACACGUACACAAAUAAGUGUGUUAAACAUGAGCGGUUAACAGAAAAUUGGCACCGUCUCCUCUCUUCCUACCUCAACCAAAACCUUAACAGGUAGUCACAGGUAAUAUUAAUUAGGACAGAGUAACAGAGUAAAAGAAAUCAUUCCAGGAUACUCUACAAAACAACUAAGAAACACAAAAACAAGCUAUUUUCAUCCUUCUGCUGUGAGUUGCAAUGAGCUUAUGACUCGUAGACGUCCAAUCCAUUUGAACUGGGAGGGUCCCACUUCAAACGGAUCGGAUGUCUAUGACUGUCAAUGGCAAUUAUUUGGGGCAUUUCAGGUCAUUUGCUGUUGAUUUCCAGUCACUUCCUUUUGAUUUGGGGGCAUUUCAGGGUCACUUCCUAUUGAUUUUAAAUUACAGAACAGGACCUGGGAAUCUUCCCAAAUGAAUAGGCAGAGACUAAAACUUAGCAGGAAGUGAACUGUAAAUGCCCUAAAAUGAACAGAAAGUGACCUGUAAACGCCCCCAAAAUAGGAAAAACUGGCUGCCAAUUCUCAAAUUUCAAAUGAACGAACGUUCAUUCGCCCUUCAUAGUCGAAAUGGAUUGGGCGUCUAGUGCAGGCAAUGGCAGCCAUAGAGUUCACAGAGACAUUAUUAUGGUGGAGGUUUUGGUAGCAACUAGUUGUCAUUGUUUGCAUACUAUCCUCAUUAAAAUAUGAAAACCUAUAAAUGUUUUGGGGGUUUUAGUUAAAGCAGACGCUGUUUUUACAUCGGUGUGAUUUUGACAAAGAUCAGAUCACAUUUGAUAGUGAUUUUAUGCAGAAAUGUGAGAAAUUCCAAAAGGUUCAGAUACUUUUUCAUACCACUGUAGUUCCUUAUUUAUUUAUUUAUUUUUAAACAUUGACACCUUUUUAAAAUUAUAUAUUGAUUCUUGACAGGAGCAUAUCGAUAACCUUUUGGAAUACAAAGUAUCACAAUAUAUCACCGUUUCAAUAUUUUAUCACACCCCUACCAGAGACAUCGACUAAAUACAAGCAUGUUUGAAAAUGUUUAUAAAGUAGCAUAUUUCUCCAUUUCAUGGCUGUUCAACCAUUAAUCAGACUUUUGGGAACAUUAGAUUGUAAUAAUAUGUUUAUUAUUACAUAGGUUACAAAAUGGUGAAAUCAUGGCUGCUCAUGUUUAUUUUUUGUUAGAAUAAGUUGUUUAUAUAUGAUAUAAGAUCGUUUAUGUGGAUUUUAAUAUGUGUGUAAAACAGAGGAAAUGUUGCUAAUGUUACUGUCUUUGGAAGGAAUGUAUUUUGAGGCAACACAAAGUUUAUUAUUAUUUGGAUACUUCUACAGGCAUGUAUAUUUUGGAGUUUGCUAAGACAAAGGUGUAAAACUGAUAUUUCAUUUUAUAUUUGAAAAUGCAAUUAGUCUUUUUUGCCCAUCUCUACUGAUUUACUACCAGUAUUAAAUCACCUAUGAGAAUUAGAAAGUCGAUGUGCUAAUUUUAUUGCUUAAACAGUUAUAUGCCAAUAUAUGUCUCGUGAUACUUGGAUCAUAAUUUUUAUAGGAUGCCAUUUGGACUUAACAGAGUGGACACUAACAGAGAGGACAUUUUGUGCUAAAUUAAUAAAGGUGCAACAA